AUGUUGCGAGUGUGUUUAGGUGUUUUGGCACUAUGUGGUGUUGUACUGACCCACACGUAUCAUCUUGGAGCUUGUCCUGUUGUGGAACCGAUGCCAGGUUUCGAUAUGAAUCAGAUGCUCGGAGUUUGGUAUGUAAUACAGAAAACGUCUACCGCCUCUCACUGCAUCACAUAUAACUUCACAAGAACAGAUGAACCUGGCACAUACCAGCUGGAACAGGUAUCACAGCACUUCAUAUUGGGGCUGACACCACUCAAACAUGACUACAGAUAUACAGGCAUUUUGACAGUAGCUGAUCCCUCGGUGCCUGCGCGCAUGAGAGUCCGGUUUCCACUUAGUGUUGCUGGUUCAGCUAGUUAUACUGUGUUAGCCACAGAUUAUACCAAAUACGCGGCAAUCUUUACUUGCCAGAAGAUGUCAUUCGCACAUCGGCAAUCAGCUACCAUUCUCUCCAGGAGUAAGGAACUAGAUAAGAUAUUUGUUGACAAGAUGCGCACCAAAUUAGCAUCCUUCAGUGUCGAUCCGUACGAUUUAUCACUCAUCUCUCAGAGUGAAUGUCCCAAACACCCGAACGGUACCAGUGAAGGGGUAAACAUAAACAUUGACCCUAACACAUUCUCAUCACAUAACAUUGGAGAGGCUGUGAGGAAAACUGGAGGUGUCAUUGCUGACGGAGUAGAAUACGUCGUGGAUGCUGGCAAGAAAGUAUAUCACAAAGUAGCAAGCAGCAAGGAAGAUCUUACUGAAACGCCUCACCAGGGUCGUAACUUGGACGCUGAUGCUGAAUGGUUACCAUAA